UCCCGGAGACUGGAGGAAGGAAGACAGGGAGGGGGAGGCUGCAUCAUCCGGAGAGAGGAGCGUUUUGUCAGGGAGGCUGGCCAACAAUAACAUGAACAGUAAGAAAUAGAUCGAAAAGAAAAAGGGAAACCUGGAAUAGGAUUGUGCAGUUGGAUAUAUGCUCGCGUGUUUUGCCUAUAGUCUAUAAUUCCCAGAGGAUACUGGCCUUGAGGGAAGAAAGUCAGUUCAUGAUUGUUCGAGAAACAACAACUGAGUGAGAAUCAGCCAGUUUUUAUUGUUUUGCAGCUCAAAGCAAGAGAAAGAAAGUGUGCUACCAUUUCUUUUCUAGUGCUGUGUUCCUGAGGGGUUUUCUUGAGCAGCUGGUCUUUACUGAGGCUGGUCAUUCACCUCGGUGUUGGGAGGGGGGGUAGGACCUUAUUGGACGCUUGAUAGUCGAGGUUGAGCUCCACGGAGAGAAGAUGUCGGGUCAGACACUGACGGACCGCAUCGCCGCGGCGCAGUACAGCCUGACGGGAUCCGAGGUGUCCCGAGCUGUGUGUAAAUCCACCACACAUGAACAGACAGCUCCAAAGAAAAAGCACCUGGAAUACCUGAUCCAGGCCACCCAGGAGACCAAUGUGAACGUCCCCCAGAUGGCCGACACGCUGAUGGAGAGGGCUGGCAAUGCCAGCUGGGUCGUGGUUUUCAAAGCCCUGAUCACCACACACCACCUCAUGGUGCAUGGCAACGAGAGAUUCCUGCAGUUCCUGGCAUCUAGAAACACCUUGUUCAACCUCAGCAACUUCCUGGACAAAACUGGCUCCCACGGCUAUGACAUGUCCACAUUUAUCAGGCGUUAUAGCCGCUAUCUCAACGAGAAGGCCUUCGCCUACAGACAGAUGUCUUUCGACUUUGGCCGAGUCAAGAAAGGAGCUGAUGGGGUGAUGAGGACCAUGACAGUAGAGAAGCUGUUGAAAGGAAUGCCCACCCUGCAGAGCCAGAUCGACGCACUGCUGGAUUUUGAUGUGCAUGCACAGGAACUGAACAAUGGAGUGAUAAAUGCCUGCUUUCUCCUACUCUUCAAAGAUUUGAUCAAGUUAUAUGCCUGCUACAAUGACGGCAUCAUUAACCUGCUAGAAAAAUUUUUCCAGAUGAAGAGAAGCCAGUGUAAAGACGGGCUGGAGAUCUACAAGAGAUUCCUUACACGAAUGACUCGGGUGUCUGAGUUCUUCAAAAUUGCUGAGCAAGUGGGAAUAGACAAAAAUGACAUACCUGAACUCACUCAGGCCCCGGAAAGUCUUCUUGAGUCCCUCGAGACCCACCUCAACACUCUGGAGGGGAAGAAGCCAGAGGAUAAGUCACCCACUAAGGAUGUGACAGCCAACAACGGCUCUCCGGCUGCUGCUGCUGCUGCUGCUGCUACUGCUGCACCAGCCAAGCCCGCACCUCCCGCUGGCGCCGGCGGGCCCCCCGCUCGCCCCGGGCCACCUGCCAAACCUCCUCCGCCCUCUGUCACCCCCACCGCGCCAGCCCCCACCGCCACCACUACCAGCAAUGCCCUGGACGACGGGUUCUUGCUGGAUCUAGACCCAAUUUCCUCCUCAUCAACAGGGGGCGGUGCAGCGACCUCCUCCAUGACUGGAUGGGGAGAUCUCUUGGCUGAGGCAACUCCAGCUGCCUCUGAUGGAGCCUGUGAAGCUCUCCUGGCGGAGGGAGAUGCUGCUGAUGCUGAUGCUGAUGCUGAUGCUGACCCUGUAACUCCCGCGGCCACAGCUGGCGCCGCUACCACUGCUGCUGCGGCCGCACCAGUGCUCGCCUCUCUGCCCGUCUCAGUUCCUGCCACCACCUCAGCCACCGACAUCGACCUUUUCGGAGAUGCGUUUGCACCUUCCCCAGGAGAUGGUCCUGCUGCCGUGGCCGCGGGCCCUGCUGCUGAUGCAUUUGGUGGAUCUGACCCCUUCGCUACGACGGAAGGGAGUGCGGACAUUGCUCCAGAGCUGGACCUGUUCGCUAUGAGGCCCUCCGACACGGGGGCCGCUGCCGCCAUCACCCCUCCCACCUCUAGUGAGGCGCCGACCAUCGUCGCCCCCAUCGCUGCCCCCGCUGUCCCCACCCCUUCUUCCACCACCACCACUACCACCACAACCACCACCGACACCACCACCACAGAGUCUGCAGCCGCCCCGACUCUAGAUAUCUUUGGUGAUAUGUUUGAUUCUAUGCCUGAGCAAAGCCCCACCACAGAAUCCAAAGCUGCUACCACUCCUAGCGUAGACCUUUUUGGUGCAGACCUUCCUGCUGUUUCACGCGGGCCCUCUCCUUUGCCCGAGCCUGCUCCGGCUGGAGACAUUGUGACAGACUCGUUUACAUCUCCAGCUGCUGCUGCUGCUCCUCCUGCCCCUGCUCCUGCUGCAGCUCCAGCCCCAGAAGCCUCAUCUCCACCCAAAGCAGAGCCAGCGCCAGUCAUUGACCUGCUGGACUCCUUCAGCGGUCCUGUGGAGGAAACGCAGAGUUCUGCUCCUGGAGGGCCGGGAGACGACCUACUGGGAGGCCUCAUGUCCCCCACCCUGGCCCCCACUGCCGCCCCAGCUCUGGCUCCCUUGGCUCCAGCUCCAGCUUCAGCUCCGUUGCAGAAUGACCUCUUGGAGUCAGGCUUUGACGCCCUGGGCUCCCUGCCCUCUCCAACCCCACCCGUACCUGCUGCAGUUGCAGCAGUACCAAUAGUGCCAGCUCCAGCAGCACCAGAACCUGUCACUGCCACGCCAGCGCCCUCUGGUGGCUUUGAUGCUUCAAUGUUUGAUGGAUUAGGUGACUUGCUGAUGCCCGCCAUAACGCCCCAGAGUACUGGGGGCAGCACUGCUGGAAGCACAGCUGGAAGCAUGGGAACUCCCAUCGCAGGGGGAGGCAUUGCAGCCGCUCCCCCCGCCACCCCACCUCCCACCAAAACCAUUGGAGGAGAUCUGGACUCGUCACUGGCCAACCUGGUUGGAGACCUUGGAGUAAAGAAAAAGGACCCGCAGAGUGAGAAGAAGCUGACAGGAGGCGCCAACUGGAUGCCACAGGUGGCCCCCACAAGCUGGGCUACACCAGGAGCCCCCAUGGCUGGUGCCACUUCUGGAGCUCCUGGGGCACCAGGAGCGGCUCCACCUGGUGGAGCCAUGGUGCCACCAAUGAGCGCACAGCCUGGCUUUGGCAUGCCUCCAUCUGGGGGGACCGGAGCUCCCAUGAUGCAACCCAUGAUGGGACAGCCUAUGAUGGGACAGCCCAUAAUGAGACCUGCAUACACAGGAGUGGCUGGAGCUGCACCUGGAGCGGCUGCGCCAGGGGCACCGCUUUCUCCAGGACCUGCAAGCCAGAGUCCCAAGAAGCCCAAGGACCCUCUGGCCGAACUCGAUCUCAAGGACUUCUUAUAACGCCCCAGCUGCUUCCUUCUCUGGAGCAGGGCCUUCUCACCUUUUACCUGGUGUCUGUCAACAUCUCAGGAUGCCAGCAAUGUUCAGCUACUCAACCUUAUAAGUCUCUUUUCUCCACCCCGUCCAUGAACACCCCGCCCUUCUCCUGUGUGAUGUCGUAGCACAAACUGUGAAAGUGAACCAUAGCGGAUUAUAUAUGAAUAUAAGAGAAAAAAAAUACAAGUGUGUGCUUAUGUAGAUGUACCAAUCUUUUGUCUAAACAAAACCACACAAAACCCUGAAAAAAAGUCCACAAAAGUAAGUGAGAGAAAGUGAAGGCGUAUGUGUUUAGACCUCUUUCUAGUGUUGAGUUGAAUGAUGGAUGUGCUUUGGUGUCUUGAGCUCC